AUGGACGAGGCCCAGCGUCCUGGAGGAUAUCGCCAAGUGGAUGCCCUUCUCCGAAGAGACACUGACCCCUGCAAAUCCGCAACGGGCAGUCGCAAGAACGCGCUGCGCAGCCCGUGCGCUUCGACGGAUUCUGCGAUCUUCGCACAUAUGGAUCCAGAUUUCGUUGAAUGGACGAGGCCCAGCGUCCUGGAGGAUAUCGCCAAGUGGAUGCCCUUCUCCGAAGAGACACUGACCCCUGCAAAUCCGCAACGGGCAGUCGCAAGAACGCGCUGCGCAGCCCGUGCGCUUCGACGGCCCGCAUCCUGUGUUAGAUGCAUUUGUGCCUCUGAUGUGGGAACCUAUCCGCCAAAUGGGUUUGAAGGCAGGGUCCUGCCUGGCAGGCAAACUUGGGGUAGUUGGGAGGAUUCCGCUGAAAAGAGCACAGCGACACAGCGAGCCGCAGCAAAGGUUCAGGAUUGGCUGGCCAGCAAUCGUGCCGAGCAGGGGAAGCCUCGGGAGAUGAUGAAAAGAUUGGGGGGCCCUUAA